CGUAUUUUGCUUCAUAAGGCAACGGGGACAGAUCCAGUAUGGACAGAUACGGGAGUAAGAGACAUGAAGCACUUGUUGGAAGAAUUAAUAUAACAUGAGAACACCAGGACACACAGCCGCCACUGACUGUAUGUAGAAGAACAUAAAUAUUCAAUAAUCUCCCUCGAUUCCAACGAACAGCACGCGCGCUCCUCGUGACCCCAUCCCGGCGCCGCGCAGCGUGAACGCGCUCAAGACACCAGAGGCUGCUUCUUGAUUAGCUCCACAGAGCCGACGUCAAAGGUUACGUCAUUUCUCAAGGUGACAGUUAGGGCGGGACUUCCCGUGGCUGUCCAGGAAGUCGUCGUGUUACUUCUCCUCCUCCUCCAGCCUUGAGAGGAACAAGAGACACCAACGGGGCGCAAAGUUGCUUUCGUAGCAGGGAAACUAGCAAGAGGACACGUCCUCUCGGUUCCGGUCGUUUACCGUCGCUGGUUGUCACCGAAGAAAUGGGCUUAAAAAGAAGACGCGCUCGAAGGGGAGAAAGAGGAUGUUGAAAGUCGAAGAUCUUGUCAGAAUUGAAACUCUACUCCAAGAUGACUCCUGUCCUUCAUCGUGUUGCGGCCAUCUUCGCCCUCAUUGACAGCGUUUUGUGUCACAGCGUCAGUAACUUCACAGUGAGCCAACAAGACCCUGUUCUCCUUCUCCACCCACCUCCCCUCCCAAGUUUCUGUGCCAUGCUCCGCAAGCGAGGCUCUCUCAUUUUGUGUGGCACGUUCCUGUUUAUAACCUGGAACGCCAUACUGGUGCUAAUGCUCUGGGGCAGACCCCCGCCCGGCCAGCUGGGCGAACCCGGCCGAGAACAGAGAGAAGUGGCCGAAAGGCCCACUAAUGAUGUGGUGGCAGAUGUGCUCCGCAUGGCGGACACGUUCGAGGCAGAGCUCGAACUGCAGAAAAACAUCCUGCUGCAGAUCAAGAACCAGCAGUCGCUGUGGGAGCCGUCUAACAGAAACGGGCCCAAGGCGGUCGUAGCGGGUCAGCCUGUCAUUCCCAUCCUGGUAAUCGCCUGUAACAGGGUCACCGUGAGGCGCUGCUUGGACAAACUCCUGGAGCUCCGUCCUUCUGCGGAGCGUUUCCCGAUCGUAGUGAGUCAGGACUGUGGACACGGCGAAACUGCUGAGGUGAUUCGCUCUUACGGAAAUCAAGUGAUUCACCUGAAGCAGCCGGACUUGUCGGACGUCGCGGUGCGACCAGAACACAAGAAGUUUCAGGGUUACUACAAAAUCUCCAGGCAUUACCGCUGGGCUCUCAACCAGGUGUUCAAGACCCUCUCUCAUUCCUCGGCUGUGAUCGUAGAGGACGACCUCGAGGUGGCGCCAGACUUCUUUGAGUACUUCCAAGCCCUGCUGCCGCUCCUGAAAUCAGACCCCAGUCUCUGGUGUGUGUCGGCCUGGAACGACAAUGGCCGGGGCGGCUAUGUGGAUCCAGCCAAGGCCAACCUGCUCUACAGGACAGACUUCUUUCCUGGUCUGGGCUGGAUGCUCCUCAGGGAGCUGUGGGAGGAGCUGGAGCCCAAGUGGCCCCCUUCAUUCUGGGACGACUGGAUGCGUCAGCCGGAGCAGCGCCGCAACCGCGCCUGUAUACGGCCGGAGGUGUCCCGAACUUUAACCUUUGGCCGGAAAGGAGUGAGCCUGGGUCAGUUUUAUGACAAGUACCUGCGAUACAUUACACUUAAUAACGAAUUUGUGCCUUUUACCAAAUUGGACCUGAGUUACUUGAAGGAGGAGACAUACAGAGGACAUUUUGAGAAGGAAGUUUACAGCGCUCCCGUGGUUACAUAUGAAGAUGUUAAGCAGGGGCAGCUAAAAGGAACUGGGCCCUUCCGCCUUGAAUACUCAAGAAAGGACAGUUUCAAAGUGCUGGCCAAAAAUCUGGGAGUCAUGGAUGACUUGAAGUCUGGAGUCCCACGGACAGGAUACAGAGGGGUUGUCAGUUUCAUCUCAAGAGGACGCAGAAUCUACUUGGCCCCUCCUCCAGGAUGGACCCAGUAUGAUCCCACCUGGAGCUGAUGAUCCAGAAGGAAAGUUCAUGUGCAACUGUGAAUGUCAGUUGGGGGAAAAGCAUUUCUGACCAAAGACCGAUUGUCUUUGAUUGAAUGAUAUGUACUUUAGAUUAUUGUCUAUUAUAAUGCAGAAUGGAUUGUCUUUCUUUCUGGUGUUGGGUUUAUUGCCAAUGCCACUCAGGUCUUUUUCAUUAUUCUACAGCCUAAACAGUUUGUUAGAAAAUCCUGCUGUAAUUCACUAGAGAUCUAUUUUUGUAUUCUGCUAAUUGUGCACAUGACAUUCAUUGAUGUAUUCAAUGCAAUUACAUAGUUUGACACUUUUGUAUGAAUUAUUUGCAAAUUUCUGAAAAUAUAUUCUGUGGUACGGUUGUUUAUGGUGACAGGGCAUACCUGCAGUAUAAUCUGUUAUUGUAUUUUCAUUGUUUGUCUUGAAAAUCAGUUAAUCUAAAUUAAUUCUGUUGAAUGCUUCUCCGAUGUAGUACACCUUGCAGGUUUGUUACCUGUGUUUGUAUUUUUUGGGAAUAAAACAACUCACAUUUUUGCCUUUUAA